AUGACACCAAUACUAUCAACAAUAUAUUCAACAUUUAAAUCAUCAACAACAACAAAUAUAAUAUCAUCAAUAAACACAAAAAUGUCCUCAACAAUACAUCAAUGCGAUGAAAUGUCUUAUAUAUACGAAACAACUUUACAAAAAUUUAACAACUAUCAUGAACGAGAGAAAAGUUUAAGGAAGUUCGUGUUGCUUCAAGACGAUAUAAAGAAAGAAGAAGAAACUUGGUUGGAUGCUUGUUUAGAUAAUGCUAGUUUAGACGAAUACGAUGAUGGUUAUGUUUAUGUAAUUAAACCUAAUGAUGGCGAUCAACAAAUAAUCGGUGAAGUUGGAGAAUUUCAUCCAUAUUGGAAAGAUAAUAGUAUAAUACGACCAAAAUCAGCAUCUCUACCACCUUCUAUUGAUCAUUAUCGCCAUGCGAUUCUAGAUUUAUUACAAUCCGAUAAUCAACCAUAUUUCUUCGAUCAGUCAACUAAUACUACAAAUAACACUAACCGAUCCCAAGAUGAUCUUGACAUGCUGUUCUAUUCUCCACCAAAAGAUUUAUUAGAUCAUGGAAUGUUAUCAGAUAUUAUUAGUAUGUUGGAAUGGUACGGUGGAAAGAAAAAUGAUUCAUCUAAUAACAAUGGUAACAACAAUGCUACCACUAUUAAUCCUAAUAACAAAAACACGACAACUACAGCCACAGAAUGUGUUAAUGCAAAUAAUUGGUUUGUAGAGUGUGAAAAAUGUUGA